CGAUUUCUGCCUUGGCUUCCGUGAGUUGUGCGGACCUCCCGGGCUGCGGGGAGGUUGGGCUGCUUGAGUGCGGGAUGGGACUGAACCGGGUGAGGGCGGUGUUUCUGGACCUGGACAACACGCUGAUCGACACGGCAGAGGCGAGUAGGAGAGCCAUGUUGGAGGUGAUAAAACUAUUAAAGUCAAAAUACCAGUACAAAGAAGGAGAAGCUCAUGUCAUCGGUGAAAAAGUCCAAGUUAAAUUCAGCCAAGAGUGCUACAGAGAGUCCAAAAUGUCCAUUACUGAUCUAAGGAUUUCACAUUGGGAAGAAGCUAUUAAAGAAACAAGAGGUGAGACAGCCAAUCGGGAACUAGCUAAAGAAUGUUAUUUCCUAUGGAAAUCUACACGUCUACAGCAUAUGACUUUAUCAGAAGAUGUAAAAAACAUGCUGACUGAACUUCGAAAGGAGGUCCCCCUCCUUCUUUUGACUAAUGGCGACACACAGACACAAAGGGAGAAGAUUGAAGCUUGUGCCUGUCAACCGUAUUUUGAUGCUAUUGUUGUAGGUGGAGAGCAAGAGGAGGAGAAACCAGCACCAUCUAUAUUUUAUUACUGCUGUGAUCUCCUUGGGGUACAGCCAGGAGACUGUGUGAUGGUUGGUGAUACUCUAGAAACAGAUAUCCAAGGAGGUCUUAAUGCUGGUUUGAAAGCAACAAUCUGGAUAAAUAAAAAUGGAAUUGUGCCCCAGAAGCAGUCCCCAGUACCUCACUAUGUUGUUUCUUCUGUGCUAGAGUUACGUGCUAUCUUACAGAAUAUAGAUUACAUACCCAGUGUGUCAGCUUAACAAGUAUCAAAAGAGACAUUAAGAAUUUCUUGUUCAGACCUAAGUUUCUGCUGGAAAUGAAUUAGAAGUACAUAUCUUCUUUUAGUCUUCUAGGCUCCAAAUCAAGAAAAUAAUAUAAUUCUAGUAAUUUAUAAAAAGUCAUAUCACUUUUUCUUUGAGAAAAAUAAAAGUUUUUUUUUUCUUAAUUUAGACCAGAAAACUUGAAACUUCUUACGGGUUUGGGGAAAUUUUUAGUGGGUAUGUGGUUUGAAAGACUUCUUUACACAAUAUCAUGAGAAUUACUGGGGAGGGUUUCCCCAAAAGUUUUGCAUCUUAGAUCUCUUUCUGUGGAUUAAAAAUAGGUAUUGGUUCUGAAAUUUAGAUUUGUGGAAAAUAUUUGUCAGGAAACGCUGAUCUGGAUAGUACCUAUAAUCUAACAGUCUUCAAGGCAAUAUUUUAGUUAAGAUUGCAUAAGCACUUUGCCUUACAAAAAUCAAAGCAUUUAACUGAUAAUAAUACAUUUAUAUGUUUUGCUUGGUAAUAUUUUUUAAAGCACUGGUUAUGGUUUUUUUCCCUCAUUAAAAAUAUAUUCUUCCUUCUCUAAUAUGAAUAUUUUUUAAGCACUUCUCAUGUUACUCUGCUGACACAAAAGUUUCGUUUUAUUUUGUACAUACAGCAUGAAAUUUUGGCAUUAAUUCCUUCAGUUAGAAGGCCUUUAAUACCAGCCACUCUUUUUCCCAUAAUAACUAUUUCCAGGUGAACUCACAACUUCAGAAAAUCUGGACAUCACAGGAAAGUGUCUUACUUAUCUUUCUCAUGUGCUAGUUUGGAUUGAGGAGACACUUAAAUGAUCAGAACAAGAACAUGCUAUAACACAACCAAAGCUAUUUCCUUUCUAUUUUCUUCUGGCAGCUUUUGGAAGGAUGAAGCUGCUACUGUACAGCUACUGCUUUCUUUGCAGGUAGCUCUUCUCACCCUUAAAAUGACUUUAGUAUAAGGGCCCAACUUACUUCCCCCUCUGACCUGAUAUUUUUGCAGACGAAGGCAAAUAAAUGAUUGUAUUUUUAUCCUUAUCUAGUUCCCCAAUGUUGGCUCUCUGCAACUUACUAACUAUAUGAUUGGUCGAGUCCCUUCAUGUAUCUGGAUUUCAGUUUCCUCAUCUGUAAAAUGAGUGAGUUGAACUAGACAGUCCUCUUACCUCUAAAUCUGUUAUCCUGGUGUGUUGGUAACCAAAAAUGGGCUCCUUAGCACUUAGUUCAACAAGUACCCUUGAAGAGUUUGGCUUUUGUUUGCUUUGAUUAAUUCAGUAUAUUUCAUUGAGUCUUACUAAUUGCUAAGCCCCAGGCCCAAACCCCUAUUAGGUGUAAAACCUUAGUGGGUGUGGAUUGGCAACUAAGGUGGGGCCCAAGGUGGGGCUAACUCCAGGGAGGGCCUAGUUUAUAUGUCUGGGAGAGCAGAGGCUUUUAGACCACGUGGGUUUAAGUCCACCUCUUUGUGAUGACUCUAGGUCACUGGGUGAGUCGCAUGUGUGACUCACCCCUGACUCUGAAAAAGAUAUAAAAACCAGGGGUUGGCUGUCUGUUCUUUGGAGCUCUUUGGCGCAGCAGUGGUGGCACUCGUGACUCUGGGCCAGCCCUUGUUCUGAGCUCCUGGGCUGAACCUAGAUGUUGGUAACUAUGAAUCUGUAUUGGGUCUGUCUGUUGAUGUUUGUACUUUGUUUGUAUUUUGUUCUGAAGUUCGGGGUGCUGGAUUUUUCCCCUGAACUAAGUGAAUGAUAUUUGUAUGCUGAAUUAAAAGUAAGCUUAUAAACCCCUUU